GCUUUGUGUUGUGCUUGAAUGGGUGCUACUAAAUGAAAAACGCUACUAGUAAUUUAAUCCAGUCUAGUCAGAAAGACUGAAUAUUCAAAUACUGUGCUGAUUCUAAGCAAGAGAACAUUCCAAACGAAUUAAGCAAAUAUACCAACCUAAUUGCAAAUAUGGAUCCGACUGCCUCUACUCUAACAAUGUACGAAACGACCGUUGUCGCUUCAAAUACAAUAAAAUCGCUGAAUGUGAUGGAAUUAAGCUCCUCUCUACAACAUUUCGGUGUUCUUGACUACUUCGUUUUUAUGCUCAUGCUGGCGGUGUGUGCAGUAAUUGGAUUAUAUUUUGGAUUCAUUGAGAGGAAUAAAAAGCAAAGUGAUAACGAGCAGCGUCGAGGUUCAGAGGCAUUAGACUACUUGAUGGGCGGAAGAAAGAUGAAAGUGUUUCCCGUGUCGUUAUCAUUAGUUGCCAGUUUUGUUUCGGGAAUAUCUUUACUCGGUACAUCGACAGAAAUCUAUGUUUACGGUACGCAAUAUGCUUUCAUUCUUAUUACGUUAGUUAUAUCUGGAAUAAUAUCGUGGUACGUCUUUCUUCCUGUUUUUUGCAAUCUACAAUUAACCUCAACUUAUGAGUAUUUUGAAAUGCGAUUUGGGCGUGAGGUACGCUAUUUUGGAUCCAUUUUAUUUAUCAUAGGAAUGAUUCUGUGGCUACCCGUUGCAGUAUAUGUCCCAGCUUUGACUUUUAAUCAAGUAUCUGGAAUCGAUACGCAUAUUAUAACACCAAUAGUAUGUCUGAUUUGCACAUUUUAUACUUGCGUGGGCGGUUUAAAGGCAGUGAUUUGGACAGAUGUUGUGCAAAGUUUCGUUAUGUAUGGAUCAAUAGUGACAAUUUGCUUUAAAGGAACAUUUGAUGUAGGGGGCUUAGAUGUGGUUCUGCAGCGUAAUAGUGAGAGUGGUCGUUUGAAUACACCAGAUUGGACUUGGGAUCCUACAGUACGAUUGUCUAUGUUAGCUGUAUUUGUCGGAGGAUCUCUUCAUAAGAUACAAUCUUCUGCUGUAAAUCAAAUUUGCAUUCAACGUUACCUUUCAUUACCUUCUCUCCAAAAAGCAAAACAGACAGUUAUAUUAUUUAAUAUUAUGUUAAUAUUUCUCAUGUUGUGUUGUUGUUAUAUGGGAUUAAUAGCAUAUGCCAGUUACUACGACUGCGAUCCAAUCAGCACAAAGCUUGUUGCGGCUAGUGAUCAAUUGCCAACAUUGUUCGUGAUGAAAACGGUGGGUGACAUACCAGGUUUGACAGGAUUUUUCGUUGCUGGCGUAUUCAGCGCUGCGUUGAGCUCAUUAUCUACUGGAUUAAAUUCGUUGGCUUGUGUUAUUUCUCAAGAUAUCAUUACAUCCUUUCUUAAGUCACCUUUGAACGAACGCCAUACAGCUAUUUUACUGCGCUUAAUAGUUUUUGUCUUUGGUAUAGCCUGCAUCGGUUUAGUUUAUAUAGUCGAAGAACUUGGUAUGAUAUUACAAUUAGCUACAAUGACGGGGGCGGUUACAAUGGGACCACUCUUAGCUGUUUAUACAAUGGGCGUUACAUUGCCAUGGAUCAAUGGGAAGAGUGCUCUUAUGGGUUGUGUGACAGGUUUUUUAGUUUUGAGCUGGAUAUGUGCUAAUUCACAAAUCGCCCAAAUGAAAGGGGAAAUCGCUUAUCCAAAAAUGCCAGUAUCGGUGAAUGGAUGCGAAUAUGAAUUUGACAAUGUGACAGCUUGGGAUACCAUCCACAACUACAAGUCGUCAACUUCUGAGCAGCGAAAUGUAUACCAUCUUUCUUUUUUAUGGUAUUCCGCCUUUGGUGCAUUCAUUUCGAUUGCCGUUGCAUGUAUGACAACUAUAAUAUUUGGUACAACGAAUUUAGAAGAAUUAGAUCCAGCUUUACUUGCGCCCUUUGUACGGCGUUUCUUACCAUUACAACAACGUAAAAAUUAUUUUAGUGUUAGUUUAGAGGAAUCUUCUGUUAAAUGCCCAAAUGAGAGUAUUCAACGACGCGCUGAAUAAACUACCGGUAGUCAUUAUAUACUUGACAAAGUAUAUACCUUUUAUUUACACACAUUAUUUUAAAUGUCUCUUUACUAAAUAUUAUUAAAUCAAAUACAUAUAUCAAGAAUAUGCUUGUGUGAAUGUA